GUUCCAACAGCUGAUUGAAAUAGCUCGCAGUUCAUCGAGAUCACAACAUAAAUCUGACAAAAGAAAUAACAUACGGAGUUUGUUUUGGCACAUUUCCUGUUCUACACCGAGACGUUUUCGGAAUGACUUAGCUUUGUUACAGCUCCUUUUGCUUACCUUUCCUUUGUGGUGCAAAAAAGUCCAAUCAUGGAUAAGAUUUUGGAGGCACUGGUCAGCUCCUCCCACCCUGUGAAUAUCAAGCGGGCUAUUGUGAAAAAAGUGAUUGAGGCAGCGGAAAAGGAGGUGACAGAGGAACAGUGCCAGGCCUUGUACCAUCUCACCACCCGCCUUAUUCUCCUGGGCGAGGAUGCUUUUCAGCGACAGGUCGGCCUACAAGUGCAGGAGGCCUAUGCACGCUUUCACCGCGAUGAGUUUGCCCGCUUCCUUAGCAAAGAGUAUGUGCUUGGACUCCUACAGCAGGGCUUCGACACUUUGGACCGAAGAGACCCUGCAAUCUUGGACUUUCUUCACGGAUCCUUGCGGCUGCUCAUCAGCUGUCCGGCUGUGUUAGAGUUGGCACCGCUGCUUCAGACGGAGUUCUUGUGGAUGAUCUGUGAGCGGCCAGAACCAGCAACCUGUGCUAAGCUGGCCACCAUACUGACGGACUUCCCUCAGUGCAUUCCACGAGAGAAGGCAGGAGUUCUCUUCUGUCAGCAGCUCGUGCGCACCUUUGCGUGUUUCCACUGUCCUGCCACUGAAGAGCGGGAGUUGCGGGAAUAUGUGACCCAGGUGACUAGGGUGAGUGCGCUACUGCAGGGCAUCUGGAAGGCAGAGCUGGCCACACUGCUGCCCUCACUGCAGGAGGUGUUUGCAAUCAUCUCAUCCACAGAUCCUUCAUUUGAACCCUCAAUUGCUCUAGCAAGCCUGGUCCAACACAUCCCUCUGCAAAUGAUCACAGUCCUCAUCAAAAGCCUCACCACUGACCAGAACGUCAAAGACGCCAGUAUGACACAAGCCCUCUGCAGAAUGAUUGACUGGUUGUCCUGGCCUCUGGCCAAUUAUGUUGACACAUGGGUCAUUGCUUUAUUGAAAGGACUGGCUGCUGUUCAAAAGUUCACCAUCCUCAUAGAUGUCACAUUACUCAAAAUUGAGCAGGUCUUUAAUCGUCUAUGGUAUCCCAUUGUGAGACAGGGAGCACUGGUGGUUCUUUCACACAUGCUGCUUAGUUUCCAGCACUCUCCUGAAGCCUUCCACUUAGUAGUUCCCCAUGUAGUCCCACUAGUGCAAUCCUUGAAGAAUGAUGGACUCCCCAACAGCAAAACCUUCCUGCUGCAGUUCGCAGAACUCAUCCACUGCAUGAUGUACCAAUAUUCUGGCUUCCCAGAUCUCUAUGAAAGCAUUCUUGAAUCCAUUAAAGACUUACCUAAACUUAGUGAGGAGAAGAUAAAAUUUGUCCUCAACCAAAGUGCCUGGACUUCACAGUCAAACUCAUUUGCCUCGGGUCUGCCCAAGCUCACAAGCAAAUCAGAAACGGGGAAGACAGGACUUCUGAAUCUGGGCAACACAUGCUACAUGAACAGUAUCAUCCAGAUAUUAUUCAUGGCUACCGAUUUCAGACGACAUGUUCUGUCACUUCCUUUGAAUGGUAGCAACACUCUCAUGAAGAAGCUACAGCUUGUGUUUGCCUUCUUAGGCCACACACAGAGAGCAGCAUAUUCACCAAGGAGUUUCUUGGAGGCGUCUCGACCACCCUGGUUCACAGGUGGAUCCCAGCAAGACUGCUCAGAGUACUUGCGCUUUCUGUUAGACAGGUUGCAUGAGGAAGAGAAGACCCUCUCAGCCCUUCAGGUGACCAGCCCAAAACCUGCACCUGCAUCCCCUUCUGCUAAAACCGUUUACGAUGCUGCAUGUCAGCCGGUUGCUGAUGUGCCAUCACACUCAGUAGUUGUAGAAGGAAACGGUCGCACUCUAGUGGAGCGUAUGUUUGGUGGUAGACUCUCUACAGCCAUCCGUUGCCUGCAAUGCCACAGCCUAUCAGAAAAAGAGGAGCCAUUUACAGACCUCUCCCUUGCCUUCUGUCCCUCUAUGUCACAGCCACUGGGUCCCACUGAUGAGCACAAAGGCUCCUCCACUAUGGGGUCCUGCCAAGGUGCAGUGAAUGGAGGCAGUGAAAGCUUAGAGGGCUCUGGAAAAGAAGGUGCAGGAAUCAGGAUUGAAAGGCCAGUGGUGGAGCCUACCCUGUCUGUGCCAGAUUUAGUGGACUAUUUUCUGGCUCCAGAAAUCCUGGAGAACGACAACUGCUACUUCUGUGAAUGCUGCAGUGCACUGCAGAGGGCUGAAAAGGUUAUGUGUGUGGUGGAAGCACCCGAGUACCUCAUUCUGACUCUGCUACGCUUCUCGUAUGAUGCCACAUGCCACGUGCGCCGUAAGAUCCUGGACAAUGUAGGCAUCCCAGUGCAUAUGUACUUGCCUAUACAGCAACAUGGUAGCUCUGCUUCUGCAGCUGCAUCCUCCUCAUCGGACUCCUCUGAAAGUGGUGAGAAUCUAGCAAAGAAGCUCAAGCCUUCUCACAAAGAGGAGGGGAUAAUGGACAGCAGGACAAAAAGCGAGAAAAACGGCAACGAUUCGAAGACUGUGCCGUAUGUUUUGAAUUCCGUUGUGAUGCAUUCUGGUAUGUCCUCUGAGAGUGGUCACUACUACUCAUAUGGAAGGAAUGUGAGCAGUACUGAUGGUUAUUUAGCUCAGCCAUGUCCUAGGACUCAGGGAAACUCCAGUCUAUCUGAGGUCUCGACAGCCCCAAUGGAAGAAAUGGGGAAUUGUGUUGACCAUAAGUCAAUGGACUGGUUCUUGUUUAAUGACAGCCGAGUUACUUUUACAAACUUUCAGUCAUUGCACAAUGUCACAUGUCGCUUCCCUAAGGACACAGCCUACGUCCUGAUCUAUAGGAAACAAGAAGUAAGUGGACAAUCUAGCAACGCAGGACCUGUCAUAAAUAGCUCAAUUCUGAGCGGAGAGCCACCCUUGCAGAAAGAGCUGAUGGAUGCCAUUACCAAAGACAACAAACUAUUCUUACAGGAGCAAGAGCUGAAUGCCAGGGCUCAGGCUCUCCAAGCAACCUCAGCUUCCUGCUCAUUUCGGCCCAACGGUUCUGAUGACAAUGAGCCUCCUGGCAGCUGUGGACCCUCAGGUGGGGGUGGAGGCGGGGGCUUCAAUACCAUAAGCAGACUCGUAUUCUAAGAAAGAGUCAUAGAAAUGCACAUUUAGAGCACUGGACAGACUCACUGACCUCACUGAGCUCCAUUCUGUGUCUUAAUUGCCCACUAUUUGGAUAAGUGUGCCAACUGAGUACAUAUUUGUCUUUUUUUCUGGUUUGCAUGCAUUUUCCCCUUUUAUAUCUACUUAAUUUUUAUUUUAAAUUAUAUGGAGCACUUUCAGUACUACAGGUCAGAAGUAGAUAUGCAAUACAUUUUUACAGUAAAGAUUUUGGUAUCAUCUUGGAAUCUUAAUUGUUCCAUUUAUACAUAAAGUCAUUAGGAAUUUUUGGAUCAUACUAUAAAAAAAAAAUAUUUGCAUGAAUAUUUUAUUGGACAUACUCCAACUUUUGGUUUGGGAAUUGUAAAUUGCAGUUACAGCAAUUUUUUUUUAUUAUUUAAGUUAUUUUAUUCAGGAAAUAUUGUUUUGAUUUAACUUUUAAAAAAUUUUUAGCUGAUUUUAUGUGCCUUUAAGUACUUACAGAUUAUACAGAAUUGAUUAUACAGAAUUAUUUGACUGGAUAGAACUUGCUCUUGCUGUACAGUGUUAAUAUGUAAUGAAUAUGAUUUUGCUCUAUAGUAAAGACUUAAAUUAUUCA